GUCCGCUCCUCGGACACAUGUGACGCAUGUCCGAAUACUCCGAAUGGACAUUACCUCUGUACGUUCCGAUCAUUCUGAUUCGUUCGUCACUCGCUUCCGAAUGCAGAUGACGUAAUUCACAUCAUGCUGUUAUGUUUUCCCUGUUAAUGUCAUUAAUAAGCAUGCUAUCCUUUUUUCGAAAGUUAUCAAUUGGCGGAAAGAUAAAGGAUGGCAUACUACCGGAGGCACCGAUCAUGGGAACGGCGGAAGAUCUCUUGGCGAAAAAUCAAAUGUUACAAUCGGAUACCGAGUUAAAAGAAUCCGUUUACGAUUUAUUAAGGACGAUCAAGGAUCCUGAGAAACCACAAACCUUGGAGCAGCUGGAUGUUGUCUAUGAAGAUUGUAUCAAGGUUUGCCACAGCACACCCGGAGGAGUUUCCGUAAUCCGUGUAGAGUUUAAUCCUACAGUGCCUCACUGCUCGUUGGCAACUCUCAUAGGAUUGUGUAUCCGCAUUAAAUUAGAACGUCAUUUAUCAGCGUUAUUUAAAUUAGAUAUCUACAUCAAGAAAGGUGCACAUUCCACUGAACAAGAAAUUAACAAACAGAUUAAUGACAAGGAACGCAUAGCGGCUGCGAUGGAAAAUCCAAAUCUCCGGGAAGUGGUAGAAAAAUGCAUACUAGAGGAGGAUUAUUAAUAUUUUUUGCGAAAAUGCAAUCAUAAUGUGGGAUAUUUUUUUCGAAAUAUAAAUUUAAGCUAAGUACGUUGUACAUUAUAUAAAUAAAUAGUAUAUUUUAAUUAUAUUGCCAUGUAAUUAAACCUAAUAACUUGUAUUAUAUUCAUAAUGAAAUGUUUCUAAUGGACACACUACAAU